UCUACAGACUACAACACAACCAUAGUGUUUUGGAAUUAUUUAACACGGAGCAUUUAUCAUCCACUCAAGAAGUUUGCUCUUUAAGCCGGACUACAGCUUCAUCCGUCAUAUUCGACCUUACUUAUUAGAACCUCAAACUGAUAGCCUAUACCUUGAGCCCGUUCGAGUCCGAAUCCACCAAGAAUUAGCCAUGUCAUACUCCGGCUUCUACGACGAAGGCAGCCCGAUGGGCAUGUAUCAAAACGCCAUGCUCGGCCGGCGCGGAGGAGCGCCGCGGCGUUUCGACGAAUACUUCCGAUGCUAUCCAGUGGUCAUGCUGCCCGGGCCCGACCGAGAAGACGCCAAUCAUGGCGGCAAAGUGUUUCUUCCUCCAAGUGCCCUGGACAAGCUCACCCGGCUCCAUAUCACCUAUCCGAUGCUCUUUGAACUGGUGAACGGCGCCAGAGAUCGACAGACCCACGCAGGUGUGCUGGAAUUCAUUGCCGAAGAGGGGAAGGUGUACUUGCCACACUGGUUGAUGGAAACCUUGCUGCUAGAACCCGGCGACCUUAUCCAAAUCAAAUCGACCGAUCUCCCUCUAGGCUCCUUCAUCAAGCUCCAACCGCAAUCCACCGACUUCCUCGAGAUUUCCGACCCCAAGGCCGUCUUAGAGAACGCGUUCCGUAACUUCUCUUGCCUGACCACCAACGACGUCUUCACCUUCUCCUACAACGACAACAUCUACAGUGUCGCCGUCCUGGAAACGAAACCAGAGAACCCUAAGAAGGCGAUAUCGGUGUUGGAGACGGAUCUAAGCGUCGACUUUGCAGCCCCCGUCGGAUAUGAAGAGAAGAUUGCCGCCGAGAAAGCGGCACGUGACGCCGCCAAAGCCAAGGCCAGGCCAGGCAUGGCAACCGGUAGCAGCAGCGGCACCUCUACCCCACGAAGCGGUUUUGGAGGCGCACCUCUGGCGAAUGAAUCCGGAGUGGUUCACCCACACGGGACCAUGGCCCAAGCGAUCAACUACCCGUCCAUCGCUCCGAAUCGCACCGGACAAGCACCGGGAACGUCCACGAGCUCACAUUUCCAAUCUGAGGGCCGCCGUAUCACCACGAGGAAACCCGGCGCUGCAGAAUCAUCUGCAGCAUCUUCGAGCACUGCCCUGCCGAUCGCACCGCCCGCCUCGUCUGCCGCCGCUAGCCGGACGCAUGAAAAUGGACCGCUGCCACUGCGGUUGCCGGAGGGCAAGCUCUUUUUCGGGUACGGCAUCGUGCCGGUGAAACAAAGUGCCGACGGAGCCGAGGGGGCCGGGGACGAUGACAAGAAAGGGCGGUUCCAAGGCGCAGGGAUGAACCUGAGGAAGAAGAAGGGGGGGAAGUGAACGAUGGUUCCAGGAACAGCGAUCAGGAUCGCCUUCGGGGCAAAGAUGCAGGGAAAUGAUGGGAUGAAAAGGGCGAUUUUUUGGAGCUAAGACCAUGAUGAUGAACUAUAAUGGCUGGAAUGAUCAUAUGGCAGGUGACUCUGGCGCAAGGGGGUUCUCCAACAUCCACGUCAUGCAUCACCAGCAAGG